AUGGGAACCCGUGCAAAUCCCGACGGGGACUCACCCCCGCCGUAUUCCCCAUAUCUUGAUCCCCAACUGGCCGCCGAGUCGGCCAACGUCCACUAUGACGGCCGCAUUGAUGUCAAUCUUGAAUCAAAGCUCGCCAAGCAAAUCGCUCAAAUCGCGAACGAGCAGCCAGAAGACCACCCGCCUGGGCCAGAUUACAGCGCCCAAACCGCCGAGGGAAUCUACUGUGAUGUGAAACUGAACAUAGUGAUCCAGAUCGUGGGCAGCCGUGGCGAUGUACAACCCUUCAUCGCGCUGGGCAACGCCCUUCAAAGUCAUGGCCACCGCGUCCGCAUCGCCACGCACGGAGUCUUCGAGAAAUUUGUCAAAGACUCGUACCUGGAAUUCUUCCCUAUUGGCGGAGAUCCCGCCAAACUCAUGGCCUACAUGGUCAAGAACCCAGGCUUGAUUCCACAGAUUGAAACCUUGCGUGAUGGGGAGAUCAAACAGAAGCAGAUCAUGGUAGCGGAGAUGCUGGAUGGAUGCUGGAAGUCAUGCAUCGAAGAUGAUCCUGAUACCAAGGAGCCCUUUGUGGCAGAUGCUAUCAUUGCGAAUCCGCCUAGUUUUGCUCAUGUUCAUUGUGCGCAGGCGCUGGGUAUCCCCGUUCACCUUAUGUUUACCAUGCCGUGGAGUAGUACCAAGGCAUUUCCACAUCCGUUGGCCAAUCUGAACUCUACCGAUAUGAACCCCAGGACGGCGAAUUGGGUGACAUAUGGUGUGGUGGAAUGGCUUACAUGGCAGGGGUUGGGAGACGUGAUUAAUCGAUUCCGACGUUCGAUCGAUCUUGCAUCUGGGCCGUGUCUGGCUGAAGCGUUGGAGAUUCCUUUCACCUACUGUUGGUCUCCUGCACUGGUUCCAAAACCCCGAGACUGGCCAUCUUAUAUCGACGUGUGUGGCUUCUUCUUCGGAGAACCCUCUUCAUACACCCCGCCUUCUGAUCUGGCGGAAUUUCUGCAAGCAGGACCACCUCCUGUUUAUAUCGGCUUUGGUAGCAUCGUGGUCGAUAAUCCCGAAAAAUUGAUAGAGACGGUGCUUGCAGCAGUAUCAAGAGCUGGAGUACGUGCAAUCGUUUCAAAAGGCUGGAGCGAACUAGCCGGUACAUCGGAUGAAAACAUCUUCUAUAUUGGCGACUGUCCACACGACUGGCUCUUCCAGCACGUCUCCGCCGUGGUGCACCAUGGCGGAGCCGGAACCACAGCCUGCGGUCUCCAGAACGGACGGCCAACGACCAUCGUACCGUUUUUCGGCGAUCAACCCUUUUGGGGCAAUAUGGUAGCCCGAGCCGGCGCAGGUCCUUCCCCGAUUCCCCAUGCCGAAUUAGACCCCGACAUCCUAGCCUCCGCAAUCCAAUUCUGCCUCACCCAAGACGCCGCUGAAGCCGCACGCGAGAUCGCGCUCAAGAUGCAAGUCGAGUCCGGUGUAUCAGCCGCCGUAGAUUCAUUCCACCGCCACCUCCCCAUUGACCGCAUGCGAUGCAGCAUCAUGCCCGACCAAGCAGCAGUAUGGACAUACGGCAUCGGAAAACAGCGAUUGAUCCUCUCAAAAACAGCAGUCAACAUCCUAAUCGAGCACGACAAGAUAGAUGCCCGAAACAUCAAAUGCUACCCCAUCAACCCAAUCAUAAUCGAAAACCGACGCUGGGACCCCCCUAACGGGCGUCCUCUCUGCCGCGGGCGCAACAGGAACAGAAAUGGCCAAAUCGACCGGCGAAAUGCUCUACAACCCGUACAAAGAAUACAAACCGCCGCCAACAAAGCGCGCACCGGCGAAUCCCAGAACCCAUUCGACACCGGCGGACGAAUGGUCGGCGGCACAUUAACAGGCGUAGGAAAAUUCUACGGAAACUACCUCAAGGGUGUUGUUAUUGAUAUCCCCGCAUGCGGCGGCCGAGGGGUUCAGAAGAGCGCCGCAGUUUAUGGGACUGUGCAUGAUUGGAGGUCUGGAGUUAAGGUCGGUGGGAAGAAUUUUGUGGGUGGGAUGGCUGGGGGUGUUGCGGGCUUCUUUACGUCGCCGGUGAAAGGGUUCAUGGAGGAAGGGCCGGAGGGAGCUAUGAAGGGGUUUGCUAGGGGGACGAUGGGGUUGGCGACAAAGAUGCCUUCCGCUGCUAUUGGGUUAACGGCGUAUCCGUUCCAUGGGAUUUCGAAGAGUAUUGAGGCUGCGUUUAGGACGAAGACGCCCAAGGAUAUUGUAGGUGCGAGACUGAGGGAUGGGUAUGCUCAUGCAAGUAGGAUGCAAUUGUCGAAAGACGAGGAGCUGGAGAUUUGUCAGGUGUUUGAUGCGUUGGUGUCGACGAUGAAUGCAUAG